UUUGGGUCCCAUUCUUACUCAUUUUGGACAUUUUCAAUCAUUAUUGGCAGGCCACCGGCGGACAACCAUUUUUCAUUUAUGUCUAUCAUCAUCACAAAACAAAGUCCUAAAUAAAAAUCAUAAUUAAAAUUUGCAUUUACAUUUAGAUUUGGAUUUAGAAUGAGAGAGAGAAAGAGAGAGACAGAGUUUGAGGUAGAAUUCAUGUUUGUAGCCUCUGGAAUGCUCAUGUUAUUGAUCAAUUCGAAAAAAGAUCAUUGAUUUCUGAUACCCUUUGGCGUUUUUGACAACCCCUUUUGUUGAAUUUUUAAGGCUGGUUUAUACAUUUUGAAGAAUACCCUUUUGAGUUUUGAACCUUUCUUUCCCUUCUAAAAACCGAAAACUGAGUUUUCUUAACCAGUUUUUUUGAAGGGAAAGAAAGUGUAGUUUUUGAAGGCCAAUCGUUUUUCAUUGAGGUUCUAAAUGGGCUCCCUUGAGGGUGUUAUUUCAAGGCAAGUUUUGCCUGCUUGUGGGAGUCUUUGCUUCUUCUGCCCGGCUAUGCGGGCAAGGUCUAGACAGCCUGUAAAGAGGUACAAGAAGCUCAUUUCAGAUAUUUUUCCUCGAAACCAGGAAGAAGGACCUAAUGAUAGGAAGAUUGGAAAGUUGUGCGAAUAUGCUGCGAAAAAUCCUUUGCGCAUCCCUAAGAUUGCAAAUACCCUUGAACAAAGGUGUUACAAGGAACUAAGAAAUGAGAACUUUCAAUCUGCAAAAAUUGUCAUGCAUAUUUACAGAAAAUUGUUGAUAUCUUGCAAGGAACAAAUGCCUCUGUUGGCUAGUAGCUUACUCAGUGUCAUGCAUGCUCUUCUGGAUCAAUCACGACAAGAUGAAAUGAGAAUUAUAGGAUCCCAAACUCUUGCUGACUUUGUAAAUAGUCAGGCAGAUGGGACAUACAUGUUUAAUCUAGAAGGCUUUAUUCCUCCACUCUGUCAAUUAGCUCAAGAGGUGGGAGAAGAUGAACGAGCUCAUAGUCUGCGUUCAGCUGGACUUCGAUCUCUAUCUUCAAUGGUUUGGUUUAUGGGUCAAAACUCACAUAUCUCAGUGGAGUUUGAUAAUAUUGUUGCAGUAGUAUUAGAAAAUUAUGAAGGUCCUAAGGCGAAAACAGUGGAUCCAGAAGAUUCCCAAAAGAGGUGGGUGCAUGAAGUGAGAAAAAAUGAGGGACUUGUUUCUUCUUCACCAAAUACCAUAACAAGAGUUUCUUCUUGGAGGGUGAUUGUUAAUGACAAAGGCGAAGUGAAUGUGACAACUGAAGAUGCCAAUAAUCCCUACUUUUGGGCAAGAGUUUGUCUGCAUAACAUGGCCAAGCUAGCCAAGGAAGCGACAACUAUAAGGCGUGUUUUGGAGUCUGUGUUUCGAUAUUUUGAUAAUGGAAAUCUAUGGUCUGCUGAGAAUGGUCUUGCCUUGCCUGUUCUCAAUGACAUGCAAUUUUUAAUGGAUUUUUCUGGUCAAAAUACUCAUGUUUUACUAUCUAUUUUAAUCAAGCAUUUAGAUCAUAAAAAUGUUCUUAAACAUCCCAAUAUGCAACUAGAUAUUGUUGAGGUUACAACUUCUCUUGCUCACCAAGCAAAGGUUGAGCCUUCUGUAGAAAUAAUCGGUGCAGUAAGCGAUGUCAUGAGACAUUUACGAAAGAGCAUACAUUGCUCCCUUGAUGAUGCAAAUCUUGGGGAAGAUGUGAUCAAGUGGAAUAAAAGCUUCAAAGAAGCUGUGGAUAAGUGUCUAGUACAGUUGUCACAUAAGGUUGGAGAAGCAGGCCAUAUCCUUGAAAUCAUGGCUGUCAUGCUUGAAAAUAUCUCUACUAUUACUAUCAUAGCUAGAACUACUAUUUCUGCAGUUUACCGAGCCGCUCAAAUUGUUGCUUCCUUACCAAGUUUAACAUAUCAGAAUAAGGCUUUCCCAGAGACUUUGUUUCAUCAGCUACUCCCAGCUAUGGUCCAUCCAGACCAUGAAACAAGAGUUGGUGCACACCGUAUUUUUUCAGUUGUUCUUGUUCCAUCUUCAGUUUUCCCUCGUUCGUUGCCAUCAUCGGUUUCUGAUUCAAAGAAGGCCUCUGAUUUUCCUAGGACACUUUCGAGAACAGUCUCAGUUUUUUCAUCCUCAGCAGCUCUUUUUGAGAAGCUAAGGAAGGAGAAAUUUUUGUCACAGGAUAAUGUUGUUGAGGAAACAAAAGAUAUCAGUACUGGAACACUUGAUAGAUUGAAGUCAUCUUACCUUAGCUCAUACAGUAUGAGAAAUUUGCAAGACUCUAUAGUGACUGAAGAAAAUAGUACUAAUAGCUCAACUAAAGAACAGGAGGCUAAUGCUUUGAGGCUGAGCAGCCAUCAAAUAUCUCUUUUGCUGUCAUCAAUCUGGGUACAGUCCAUCUCUCCUGCAAACACUCCCGAAAAUUAUGAAGCAAUCGCGCACACUUAUAGUCUUGUGUUGCUCUUUUCUACAUCCAAGAAUUCCAGUCAUGAGGUUCUAGUGCGUAGUUUUCAGCUAGCAGUUUCCUUGAGGAAUAUUUCUCUUAGUGAUGGCGGGCGAUUGCCUCCAUCACGACGCAGGUCUCUCUUCGUCUUAGCAACAUCAAUGAUUCUCUUUGCAUUGAAUGCAUACAAUAUUCUUUCUCUUGUUCAUGUUGCCAAAGCAGCAAUUACAGAAAAAGUGGUUGAUCCAUUCUUAUGUUUAGUUGAAGAACACAAGUUAAGAGCUGUUAAACCGGUAUCUAUGGCGAAUAGUUCUUAUGGAUCUAAAGAAGAUGAUUGUUUGGCCUUGAAGUCUCUUUCAGAGAUAAAAAUCACUGAAGAGCAAACUAGAGAAUUCUUUGCUCCUGAAAUAGUGAAAAGCUUAGAGAAUUUAACUGAGUCUGAGUCUUCGUCGAUUAGAGAACAGCUUCUCACCGAUUUCAUACCCGACGAUUUCUGUCCACUUGGAGCACAAUUGUUCAUGGAUGCUCCCAAAGAAAUCUAUCAAACUGAUUCAAGAAGUAGUAUAUCCAAGGAGAUUGCUCCACUUUUUUCAAUAGAUGAAGACACAUUUGCAGAAUCAUUUGAUAGUCAUAGAAAACUACCAGAGUUUUCCAUGGAAAUUCCAAAUCUUUUGAGUGUAAACCAACUUCUGGAAUCAGUUUCUGAAACUACACAUCAAGUUGGAAGGAUCUCUGUCUCAACAACACCCGACGUGUCUUACAAGGAAAUGGCUCGACAUUGUGAAGCUUUGCUUAUGGGAAAACAACAAAAGAUGUCUGGUUUAAUAAGUACUCAACAAAGACAAGAAUGUUUGAUGCACAUCUCAUUACAAACUCAAACCAAUGAAGUGACAACAACAAUCGUCUCCUAUGUCAACGCCGAUUCUCUUGGGGCUCAAAAUCCUUUUGUUGAUGGGAACUCAUUCGACGAUGGAUGCAAAACUCCCAUUGCAGCCGCCACGCCUAUGCAAUGCGCUACUGAAUCCCAGCAUAAUCCCCACUUCUUCAGGCUGCCGGCGUCAAGUCCAUUUGACAACUUUCUAAAGGCUGCUGGCUGUUAAAUCCAAAGAACGAAAAAACUCCAGCACAGACAUUCAGACAAAUAUGUUUGUAUAAAUUUUUCAUUUUAUUUAUAACUUCUGUUCUUUCCAUACAUAAUUCUUUUAUUUAGUUCCUCUCCCUUCUACAUGUGACUUUACAAUUGGGAAUGUGCAGAGGAAUUUACUUUCCAACAUGUACAGCCAUUUUAAGGUUAUGUUAGUACUAAUGAGCUUCCAUAUAUUUUGUUAUAGAAAUUUUUACAUAAUAAAUUAAAAAUUUGAAAAAAAAAAAA